CCACCUUGCAGAAAGAUCGACGCGCAGCAUUUUUCCAUGUGGAGUCGAGAAUUAUUCAGAGCCGGCCUGCUUCUCUUUCUUUAACAAUUCACGUUUUAUCGAACAUAAAAAUUCUUGUUCCAAGUUAAUUGCAGCUAAGCAAAUUUAAGUUAUAUAUUUAAUCAAGUUGAGCGACAGUCGCUCUGGUCCCGCGUUUUUUGACAGUUGAAAUAGCCAAAAUCGAAAUAGCAACACAGCAUCAGCAACGCGCAGACAAAGGGGAAACAGACACGCAUAGUGACUGCUCGGUAUUGUCUAUAUUUACACAUACAUACGCACCAUAGAAAGCUAAGCGAUUACGAAAAAUUUCCACACAUUCGCGCCCUAACAGCUACGGCAUUUACACGAAAUCGAAAGUAAGAGCGCAAAAAUGACUUCAGACAUAACACGCCAACUAAUUGUUAUCUUGGAGAAGACGGUCUCACCAGACAAAAAUGAACUGCUCUCGGCAAAGAACUUCCUGGAACAGGCUGCCGCCAGCAACCUGCCGGAGUUUCUCAAAGCACUGUCUAAAAUCCUUGUGGAUACAACAAACAGCGCCGUGGCGCGCAUGGCAGCUGGCCUUCAAUUAAAGAAUCAUUUGACGAGCAAGGACGAGCAGAUCAGUCAACAGUAUCAGGAGCGCUGGCAUCAGUUUCCCGAGGAAACGCGAGAGCUAAUCAAAAACAAUAUACUUGUCGCCUUAGGCACUGAGAAUACGCGACCGUCUUGCGCGGCCCAAUGCGUUGCUUAUGUGGCUGUUAUUGAGUUGCCCAUCAAUCGCUGGGGCAUACUCAUACAGACGCUGGUCAACAAAGUUGUUCAUGAGGGCUCCAGCGAAAUGCACCGAGAGGCUGCGCUUGAGGCAAUCGGUUACAUUUGCCAGGAUAUCCAAUAUGGUGUACUUGAAAACCAGUCCAAUCAGGUGCUUACGGCCAUCAUACAUGGAAUGCGCAAGCAAGAGCCCAGCAACCAUGUCAGAUUGGCUGCAACGACGGCGCUGCACAACUCGCUCGAGUUUACCAAGGCCAAUUUUGAAAAGGACAUGGAACGAAACUUCAUCAUGGAGGUGGUGUGUGAGGCCACACAGUGCACAGACACACAGAUUUGUGUUGCUGCCUUGCAGUGCUUAGUAAAGAUCAUGUCACUGUACUACCAAUUUAUGGAGCCCUACAUGGCUCAGGCACUAUUCCCUAUAACCUUGGAGGCCAUGAAGUCGGACAAUGAUGCAAUCGCUCUCCAGGGAAUUGAGUUCUGGUCGAAUGUGAGCGAUGAGGAAAUCGAUCUUGCCAUCGAGAGCCAAGAGGCCACCGACCAGGGUCGGGCACCACCGCGUGUCUCUAAGCAUUAUGCACGAGGAGCUCUCCAGUUCUUGACGCCGGUCCUAGUUGAGAAGCUCACCAAUCAAGACGAAUGCGACGAUGAAGACUCCUGGAGUCCGGCCAAGGCUUCCUCAGUAUGUCUGAUGCUGUUAGCCACCUGCUGCGAGGACGAAAUUGUGCCGCAUGUCUUGCCGUUUAUCAAGGAUAAUAUCGAAUCGCCCAAUUGGCGCUAUCGCGAUGCUGCAGUCAUGACUUUUGGCUCAGUUCUCAAUGGAUUGGAAAUUAACACGCUGAAACCACUUGUUGAGCAAGCGAUGCCCACUCUGAUACGCCUAAUGUACGAUUCCAGCGUCAUAGUUCGCGACACCACGGCCUGGACUUUUGGCCGUAUAUGCGACAUUAUUCCAGAAGCAGCCAUCAACAAAACAUAUUUACAAACGUUGCUCGAGUGCUUCGUCAAGAGUCUUAAGUCGGAGCCGCGCGUGGCCGCAAAUGUGUGCUGGGCUUUUAUUGGUUUGUCAGAUGCCGCCUACGAAGCUGCCGUCACCAAUGAAGGCGACACACCUGAAUCAUAUGCAUUGUCGCCUUACUUUGAGUUCAUUAUCACACAGCUGUUGGAAGCCACCGAUCGGUCAGAUGGUGCUCAGGCCAAUUUGCGGAGUGCUGCCUACGAGGCCUUAAUGAACAUGAUUAAGAAUUCACCUCUGGAUUGCUACCUGGUCGUACAGCACACCACCAUUGUUAUCUUGGAACGUCUAAACCAGGUUAUGCAGAUGGAGAAUCACAUCAGCAACCACAGCGAUCGCCGUCACUUUAAUGACCUGCAGUCUCUGCUAUGUGCUACGCUGCAGAGCGUUCUGCGAAAGGUGCGCGAAGAGGAUGCUCCACAGAUUUCGGACGCCAUUAUGACCGCACUCCUCACCAUGUUUAGUUCAAGCGCAGGCAAAUCAGGUGGUGUUCAAGAGGAUGCCUUUUUGGCUGUCUCCACGCUGGUUGAGCUACUGGGCUUCCAAUUUGUCAAAUACAUGCCAGCCUUUAAAGAUUUCCUAAUCAUGGGACUAAAGAAUCAUCAAGAAUACCAGGUUUGCUGUGCUUCCGUUGGACUAACUGGUGACAUUUGUCGUGCCCUAAAGCAUCUAAUGGUGCCCUACUGCGAUGAAAUAAUGUCCGUAUUAAUGAACGUUCUGUCCGAGCCGAACCUUCAUCGCAGCGUAAAGCCGCAAAUUCUAUCUGCUUUUGGGGACAUGGCGUUGAGCAUUGGGAGCGAGUUUCUCAAGUAUUUAAAUGUAGUUUUGGAUAUGCUAAGGGCAGCUUCCAAUUUGCAGGUGGAUUCCACCAACUCUGACAUGAGCGAAUACAUUAAUGAACUACGGGAGAGUGUUCUAGAGGCCUACACCGGUAUCAUUCAAGGUCUUAAGGGAGUUGAACAAACGGCCAAUCCGGAUGUAUUUCACAUGGAACCUCAUCUGGUACACAUUAUUGGCUUUAUAAAGCGCAUUGCACAAGAGGGUGAAGUCUCGGACUUGAUGAUGGCAAGUGUAGCCGGCUUCAUUGGGGACUUAUGCACUUCUUUCGGUCCACGUCUCUAUCCGCUGCUGGAUGAUGUGAUCAUCACUCAGUUCCUGGCUGAAGGCAAACGUUCAAAGGGCCAACGUACCAAAUUGUUAUGUACAUGGGCGGUCAAGGAGAUCAAGAAGAUUAACAGUCAGGUUAUAGCCCAGUAAUUUGGUCUUUUAGUUGUUAAUAUGUUCCCACCCCCAAUGUAUGUACGCAGCCAAACUGUUGCAGUGUGAAUCUGAGGUAUGUGGAUGUCUGAACUGAAACUAUAUAUGGUUUGUGAUUGAAGUGCUAUUAAGGAGAGAACCCACUCCUUAUAUGAAACUUCAAAUGCGCGCGUGUGUGGCGUGUUGUGUGAUAUUACUAAAUGUAAGUUUUUUCUAGAGAUCAGUAAGCGAACUUCAAACAUAAAACGAAUGACUUUAGCUAUAAGCAAAUUUCAAAGUGGACGAUGUACCAAAAUUAAAUUGAUAAACACCAAAAAAAAAAAAGAGAAAAGAUUUUAAACGGACGCCAAUUCAAUAUACAAACUGAAUAAAUCCCAAUUUUUGAAAAAUAUAAAAGGGAAGAAACCACAAAACAAACAAUUAUUCUUACAACAUGAAAUUGUCAUUGAUUCAAUAUUCAUAGUAGCGCCUAAUUAUUUGCAAUUAAUUUUAAAUACAAAAACAAUAUGCAAAAAUAUGAAACAAAACGAAUACAGUAACAACCAAACAACUACCUGCAGCGUCAUAUUGUAUUGUAUAUAUAUAUAGUUAGACAAACUAACUAACAACUAAACUAAACUAACGAAAACGGACCAGGGUAACACUACAGUACUUCACUUUACAUACUACAUAUAUACAUUACAUAGAAAUAAAAAGACAACAGAAUAGGACUGUUUAGGACGUAACCAAAAACACGACGCUUGUUUAUUAAAAUGAUUGAAAUCAUUUUUAUCUUUCAUCACGCUCACAUGUACAUACUUAUGAGGACUAUACAAGAACGAAAUCGAUUCGGACAUACGAACAUUUACACAAUAUACGAAGAACAUAAUUGAAACAAGAAGAAAUCCUAACAAAAUUAAAUGUUAACAAGGAAUCCCGUUUAAAAUCUUUUGAGAAUUCUCUGCACCCUAUCAAAAUGUAAGAAUAUCUUUCGGGAACCUUAAAGAAAAGUAAAUUCCGAAAUAUAUUCGAAAACAAAUUUAGUUUCUGCUUUGACAAAGCUAAUGCCAUUUGAUUUAAUUGCGAGUCUUAUUUGUUCUUAAGUACAUACAAAAAGUAUAUUAUAUUCACGAUUGGCAUUAGAUUAAAUCAAAUUAUCACACAGCCGUCCAAAAGUCAAAGUUCAGUUUUUUUUUUUUUGCUUCUUUCCAAAUAAUGCAUACAUCCAUUUAUAUUUGAAUACACAACAAUUUGAAUUGCCAAAAUAAUUAUAUUAGUAUUACUACCUUCAAAUGUAACUACGGAUGGCGGAUGAUUUGUUAAUGUAACUCUGCCGCUUCAAUCCCCGGAUUAAACAUCGUGUAUGAGAACUAUGUUUGAGAGCUAACGCGCCCCAAUGGAACUUGGAGGUUUAUUGGAUACAGUGUGAACACGUAAUUUUUGAUGAUUGAUGAACUUGUGCGCUAGUGUGAUGAUUAAAUAUGACAAAUGAUGUAUUGUAAAGUUAAGCGUGUCUGAAAGUGAUGCAGAGAAAUUUUCUGAAUGAAAUAUUACGAAUCCCUUGAGAGCUGAUCUUGCACAAAUUUUACACAUAUAGAUAAAUAUUGUAAA